CGGCUGAUGCGGGGUGGCCCGCUUCCAUAUAAGAGGAACAACUCUCCACACCAGAUAACACAUCCAGCAAGAAGCUUGCCACCUCAGUCCAAAAGAAUUGUUAUAAUAUCUCUGCACUACAACUCAUUCUUCCCCAUACAUCCGAGUACCUAAGACUACACACCAAAUGUCCCAACAAACCCAGACCGCGCUACUGGUGACGGAAAUCGGCAAGCCGUUGACCAAGGGCACGCGGCCCAUCCCCGAGCCCCAAGAGAACCAAGUACUGGUGAAAAUAACCGUGGCCGGUCUCAAUCCCCACGACGCCAAGUCGCGCGACUACGGUCUUUUCAUCCAAGAGUCCCUUCCCGCCGUGCUCGCCGCGGACGUCGUCGGCGUCGUCACCCGCCUCGGGCCCAACGUCUCCCGCUACCAGGAGGGGGACCACAUCGUCGGCCAAGCGGGGCUGACCCUCGCCAACAGCAACGACACGGCCGGACUGCAGGAGUACGCCAUCCUCGACGCCCGCUACUCGGCCAAGGUGCCAUCUGGCUUCACCGACGCGCAACUCGCCACGCUGCCGACCAACCUGGUGGCCCCGGCCGUCGCCCUGUUCGACGCCAGCGCGUUGGGGAUCCCAGCACCCUGGACAACGGCUUCCCCUGACUUCGACCACCACGCCACCUCGCUCCUGAUCAUCGGCGGGGGCUCCAACACGGGCCGCUUCGGGAUCCAGCUGGCCGCGCUGGCGGGCCUCGGUCGGAUCAUUGUGGUAGGGAGCGCGCGUAGCGCGGCCGAGGCGCAGCGCCUGGGGGCGACGCACGUCAUCAAUCGCGCCGACAAGUCCGGCGCUGAGAUCGCGGCGGAGGUGCGGGCCAUCGUCGGGGAUGAUCUGCUCUACGUCUACGACGCGAUCAAUCCGCCCGAGAACCAGUAUAUUGGCGUGGAGGCCUUAUCGAAUACCCACAAGGGCAAGCUGGCUCGUCUGCUUCCUACGGGUCCCGUGGACGAGACCAGGUUGUCUGCGCCCAAGCCGGCAGGCUUUGAGACGUUGAAUGUGUUCGGCCUGUCAGCCGUGCGGCCCGCAACGGCGGCGCCGCUGUGGGAGCACGUUACUGAGUGGGUGCAGGCUGGGAAGCUCGUCCCCACGGAAUCGUCGGUCAUCGAGGGGUUGGAUGUGGAUGCAGUGAAUCGGACGCUGGAUGGCUAUUCGAAUGGCUCUGUGAGCGGACAUUGGCAGAUUCGGUUUUGAGGAGCAGGGAGAAAGGUGUAUUUGGGGAACAUGCACAGGUCAGUAGUGUCAACGAUGCGGUUGACACACGGUUAUGAUUUUAAAUCUCUUUAAUUUUG